AUUCACUUCCAUCGACAUCAACACCCAUUGCUUCACUCAAUUCUCUAAUCCAACCUUUCCCCCUUUCAGAUUUCAACCUUUUACGUCAACAAUCAGCACUGGAGUGAAAGCUAGGGUUUUGUCACUUGAUUCGUCGUCACAAUGACGAUCAAGGGCCUAGAUUUUAAGUGGUAUGAUGGGUUUUUCCUAUCAAUGCUUGCCACUAGCAUAAUAAUUAUUGCGAUUAAUUGGAAGCAUUAUCAUAUGUGCACGCACCCCUUGCAUAUAUGGAUUGUGGUUGAUUACGCAACCGUUUUUGUGUUCCGGCUCUUGAUGUUUUUGGAUAAUGGACUUGCUGCAGGAAUGGGAUUGGAUUUUGGCCCGCAGCAGAGACAUGCUCGUUUUCGUGGAAGAUUGGUGGUUUUAUCAAUUCUCUGUUUGUUUCUCUACCCUUUUCUCUGGGCAUGGACCGUUAUUGGCUCGUUAUGGUUUAUUAACUCAAGAGACUGUUUGCCUGAACAAGGUCAGAAAUGGGGUUUUCUUAUAUGGUUGCUUUUCAGCUACUGUGGACUCCUUUGCCUUGCCGGAUGGUCUAUUAAGACAUGGUUAAGAAGACGGCAAGCUCAUUCACUACGCGCUCAACAGGGAAUUCCUAUUUCAGAAUACGGGGUUUUGGUAGACAUGAUCCGUGUGCCAGAUUGGGCAUUUGAAAACGCUGCAGGCCAAGAGAUGAGAGGCAUGGGUCAUGAUGCGCAUUCAUAUCAUCCGGGCCUUUACUUGACUGAAGCUGAGAGAGAAGCAGUGGAGGCGUUGAUCCAAGAACUUCCAAAGUUCAUGCUGAUAGCCGUUCCUACCGAUUGUAGUGAGUGUCCAAUUUGUUUGGAAGAAUUCCACGUAGGAAACGAGGUGCGCGGGCUUCCUUGUGCACAUAAUUUCCACGUGGGAUGUAUCGAUGAAUGGCUUAAGCUGAACGUCAAAUGCCCUAGAUGCCGGUCUUCCGUGUUUCCGGAUCUCGACCUUAGCGCACUCUCAACUAUCCCCGCUGAGGUUGACCAGUCGUCUCUUGCAACAACUCGUUACAUGAGAAGUCAACCAUCUAGUCAAAGUUAUCUGUUGCGAAUGCAGGGUUUCCUCCGUCCUGUUCAUACAGGUUCGGGGUCUGAUAACACUUUAGAAGCUGCGGAAAACGCAGGUCAACCAUCUGAAAGUCAAAACAGGCACACAGGUGCGGAGCCUGAGCGAUAAGUCUUGAAAGUGGGAGUCACUAGUUCAUGCAUAAAGCACUAACAGAGAUCAUACCAAAGUACGGUGGAUUUGAAUGUUAUCGAUCAGUUUGAAUCGCUCUACUUUUAGCCCGCAUUACAAAUUGGGACUUGAUCAUCUUUAUUAUACUUUUGUUCUUGAUACACCACAAGAAAACAAGGUUUAAUGUAAAGAAAAAUGGUCAUAUUGUAAGCAUAUUUUUGGCAGUCCAAUAUCAUGAGAACAUCAAUUUGGGCCUAAAA